UGUUAAAGUUCAAUUACAUAUUUUUUGUGACGUCGUUUAAUUACAUGUGAGAAGCAUGUAAUUGGGUCACUUGUCUUCUCCAAUCGGAAUCUUACUCUUUCUCUAUCUCACCUGGAAAAAAUGGCGAUGUGGGUAUUUGGGUACGGAUCUCUAAUUUGGAAAACGGGUUUUCCUUUCGACGAUCGUCUUCCUGGUUUCAUCAAAAACUAUCGCCGUGUUUUCCACCAAGGUAGUACUGAUCAUAGAGGAACCCCUGAAUUCCCGGGAAGAACAGUGACAUUAGAGCCUGCACCUGGAGAAAUCUGUUGGGGAGUUGCUUACAAGAUAACCAAAGAGGAAGACAAAAAAGACGCUUUACUACAUCUGGAAGUGAGGGAGAAGCAAUAUGACCAGAAAGAGUAUCUUGAUUUCUUCAUAGACAUUAAUGACUCAGAACCAGCUGUAUCAGGAGUGAUGGUAUAUAUAGCUUCUUCUGACAAGAAGAGCAACAACAACUACUUAGGACCAGCUCCUUUUGAAGACAUUGCCAAACAGAUAGUAAAAGCGGAAGGACCUUCAGGGCCAAACAGAGACUAUCUGUUCAACCUUGAAGAGGCUCUCGUUCAACUCGGGUUUAAGGAUAAACAUGUCACAGAUCUUGCUACGCAUGUUAGGCUUAUUCUUUCGGCGACUCAGGAUGCCGCCACCAAGGAUGUCUAGAUUCCCUGUGUUUUUUAUUUGUCCGAAAAGAACAAAACUGAAUUGGUAAGAGAUGCUGCUGCAUUGCAUCCCAUAUUCGAUGUGUUAACUAUCAAUCAACUCUAUUGUUAUUCAUAUUUUGAUCACAUCGUGGUAUGGAUUUAAA